AUGUUGCGUGUGAUGGGAAAUUUCGCCACUGAAAGCGACACGGGCUGCGUGCUGGCCGGUUACCCUGAGCAGAUCCUCCACUGCGAGCGGUUGGUGGAGCCCCUGCUGAACCCUGAGAGUCCCGAGUUCGAGUACGCACGAACGCACGGCAUGCAGCAGUUGGCCAUGGUCAACGGCUUCUCCCUGAACAAGGCGGAGCAGCGCUGCGGCAUCUGUGGCGCCUUGGGCCAUCUCGGUUUUGAGUGCCCCGAGACGAACAACCAGAACUACAAGAUGGCGAACGUGACCUGUACCAUUUGUGGUGACAAGGGCCACGUGGCGUCAGAUUGUAAGAAGGCCGCAGAGAUCAACAAGCGCGAGAAUGUAGACUGGAAGGCCAUGGCAGAGAAGAAGGCCCAAAUGGACAAGGAUUUCAAUGACAUGAUGAACGACAUGGGCGGCCUGGGGGGGGCUGGGCAGGCUGGUGGUCAAGCGUCUGGAACUGGUCAGACGCUGGUCACGAUGGACGCAGCGACUCCAGGAGCCGGCCAGAGCAACGUCGAUAAGACGAUCAUCGUCCCCGGCCAUUUGGUGGGCAAGAUCAUAGGCCCUGCCGGCGCGACCAUCAAGAAGAUGGCUGCGGACACUGGGGCGCAGAUCAACAUGGACUCGGUGGUGCAGCCAGGUGGUGGCAAGGCAGUUGUGAUCACGGCCGCUGACCCCACGGCCCGUGAGCGAGCGAAGGCCCAUGUGCAGAACUGGAUCAAAGACAACCAGACUCCCGUGGGCGGCCCUGGGUACGGCGGAGGUGGCUUGGGCGGCAUGCAACCCAUCGGUGGCAUGGGCGGCAAAGGCGGCCCCUUGGGCGGAGGCAUGGGCGGAAAGGGCAUGGGACCACCAUUGGGAGGAGGUCUUGGUAUGGGUGGUGGCAUGGCGGGGCCUGCCGGCAUGGGCGGCAUGGGCGGCAUGGGACCUGGCAUGGGCCCCAUGGGCGGCAAAGGCGGGAUGGGCCCGAUGGGACCUGGUGGCAUGGGGAAAGGAAUGGGCCCGCCACCUAUGGGAGGCGGUAUGGGGAUGGGUGGCAAGGGCAUGGGCGGAGGCUGUGGUAUGGGAAUGCAGAACAUGCCCAAGUCCACGGGCGGCCUUAUGCCUGGACAGCAGCCAGGAGGACUGGGGAUGCGACCACCGGGACAAAUGGGUGGCUACUACUAG